GUUCCACCACUGACUUUAUACGAUGGCUGUGUGCUGCUCUCACAUUCGUAACGAAUUCAAGUGGAAGAAGUUUUGGCUAAGUGAUGUUCAUCCAUCCAGAUUUGCAAUGUUUCAGUGGCGCCUGCCUCCAAUCGCCUACAUCCUAUAUAGACUGGUCAUUGCAGCCUAUGCAGACUUCUGGUUGAUCUACACUGCCGUGGACUUUGCCUCCGUGGAAACGGGAGACGGGGUAUAUGCCUGGCCAGUAUAUCUUACUAACUGGACGUACACAAUGCUAUGCUUGUACCUCACACUGCAUGCACUGACCUCGGUCAUCUUCUUGUGCACAAGACCUGUCGUACUUUGGAGGAGGAUCUCAGUAACGGAACAUCGAGCUUUGUUUAAGGAACUAGAGGUAUAUCCAAGUCUCUGGGGCGACUCUUAUGAGCAGAUACCAAGUCAUGAUAAUGAGGAAAGGGAGCUAAUGUAUGGAGAAACAUCUACAAGAACCAAUCUCAUGCCUAUGUACUUCAAAUUGGUUUGGAUCCUCUUGAAUAUUAUGUCUUCAUGCUCAAUAAUGGUCACUUUGAUAUUUUUUAUCUUUCUGUGGCCCCAAAUGGACACUGAUAAUCAACCCAUAGAUUUGGACAAUCUGCAGCUACAUGGCAUUAACUCAGUAAUUGUGUUUCUGGAGUGCCUUUUGACUGCAGCUCCUGUACACUUACUACACUAUGUUUAUCCCUUAAUUUAUGGUAUAGUGUACCUUCUCUUCACUGCUAUCUUUUAUGGUGCUGGAAACAAGCACCCUAUUUAUCCUGAUGUUUUGGACUGGAAUUCGGACAAACUUGGACAGACAAUGAUCAUGGUAGUGGUGGUAGGUUUUGUGAUAUUACCUCUACUACAGGUAUUUUUCUUUAUCAUCUAUAAAUUGAAGAUAUGGGUGUUUAAUUGUGUAUCAUCCAUAGAAGCAUCAGGUGAUUAAUGCUGACUAGGAUGCUUGUAGUGUUUAAGCUGUCUUCAGAACUAUUGAAAGUUGUAGGUAUUUCAGUCCUUAGUACAUGUGUCCAGGGGACCUAAUUACCAUUUCUUGUACUCAAAACACAGUACAUCAUAAAUAAGUAGCUAUAUAGGUAUAGAAUUGUGUAUAAAACACACUGUAUUGCAGUACAUCUGUUAUGUAUUAGAAAAGUCUUGGUGGAAAUUUAAAGAAAUUUAAUAUACAUUUUUUAAGGAUCCUGAAGCACACUAUACCAGUUUGAGAAAAAAAAUUAGGUACUUCACAAAUUUUUGUAAUUCUAUUUGAGUUGCAUUGAUCUCCCUUUAUUACAAUGUCAUCAUUUCCAGGGAACAUUUGAUUCUGGAGUAGGUUUUAAUCCCAAAGUAAGUUUUAACACUUUUUAGAAUGGACAUAUCUAUUCAGAGACCUGUAUAAGAAUCUUAUAUAGUUCUCUGAUCUGUUGUAAUCCCAAAGUAAGUUUUAACACUUUUUAGAAUGGACAUAUC